AUGCCUGAUUCGAUAAGUCACUUAACUCCUUCACUUUAUGCUGAUGACACGGAAAUUUAUGCAUCUUCUAAUGACUGCGCUGACCUUGUCGACAAGGUAAAUAUUGAUCUCGAAAACAUACGCAAAUGGAUGAUACACAAUAAACUUCAAAUCCACCCCAGUAAAUCGAAACAUAUGUUCAUUGGAUCUCCCUAUAACCUUAAGAAUAAAGUAUCUGGUAAUCCUAUUUUAAUUAAUAAUAAGCUAGUACCCAGGAUUAAUAAAUAUUCAUGCCUUGGCGUGACUAUGGACGAAAGGUUGUCUUGGGAUAAACAUAUUGAUUCAAUCUGCUCUAAAGUUGGUGCCGGUAUUGGUGCAAUGAGACGUGUUAAACCUUUUGUACCACUGUCGACAACCAAAAUGCUAUAUAAUGCUAUUAUACAGCCUUAUUUCGAUUAUUGCAGCCCGUUGUGGGAUAAUUGUGGAAUUGGGCUCAAAGAUAAGUUGCAAAAAUACCAAAAUCGUGCUGCAAGAGUAAUUACUGGGGCAACUUACGAUAUUCGGUCAUCUGAGUUACUCAAUAAUCUAAAUUGGAAACCUCUCGAAGAAAGACGAAAUUAUCUUAAAUCUAUUUUCGUCUAUAAAAUUCUGAAUGGCCACACCGCACCCAAUCUUAAAGAAGCAUUUCAAUUUAAUAAUGAAAGACAUAAUACUUACAAUCUUAGAAAUAGGGAUACUGAUUUAGCACCACCUGUGCCGAAAACAGAAUUCGGCAAGAGGUGCUUCAGUUAUAAUGGUGCCUUGCAUUGGAAUAAUCUUCCCCAUGAGGCAAAAAUUGCUGACUCCUUAAGCUCUUUCAAAUCGAUAUUGAAACAAAGAAUGAGUUGAAAUUUGCUUGUGUGUAAUCGUGCAGCUAAAAUCACUUGUAUUUUUGUUGUUAUAUUUUGUAUUUCUUGUAAAUAGUUAAUUUCUUGUAAAUAGGUAAUUUCACGCCCCUCAUGGAAACCAGCCUUCCAACGGCUGUUGAGGCUAGCGUGGUUUAAAUAAAGUUUUCUAUGUAUGUAUGUAUGUAUGUAUGUAUGUAUGUAUGUAUGUAUGUAUGUAUGUAUGUAUGUAUGUAUGUAUGUAUGUAUGUAUGUAUGUAUGUAUGUAUGUAUGUAUGGUGGUAACAGUGAUGAUUGGUGAUGUGUGGUGGCGAUAUUAAUAAUUUUCAUAUCGUAAUCUGCUUUGUUACUUCAUGUAGUGUGGCCAUGAAAUCACGAACGAAGAUGUUCACAUCUCGUAUCUACCACUGGCACACAUGUAUGAACGCGCUUGUCAUGUAAGAUAUUUUUAUACUGUAGAACCAGCAACAAGAAUAAAACUCGAUUUUCUACUUUUUAAAAGUAUGAUUUUCCCAAUUAAAAGUCUGCUCAUCGUUUCAGUUCAUGAUGUUCUCGACUGGAGCGAGAAUUGGAUUCUUCACAGGAAACGUGCGAAAAAUUACUGAAGACUUAAAGACUUUAAGGUGAGGUGACUUAUACAAAUUGUGAAUUGGGUAGCAACGUUAUAUUGGUACAAACGUCAGCCAAAUGUGUCUACACGUAUUUGAUCGGUGAGAGUUGAUGAGAGUUGAUAAGAGUUGGCAGUCACGAAUUGUUACAGGGGACAUUUCAAGCUCUAGAUUAACAAAAUAAAGGUUUGAUGAAUGUUCCAACUAUGUUUUAACUUCAAUAGAAUACAUGAUAGUGUUGGGAAAGCAUUAAGAACAGCUAACCAAGCUCACGUCGCUGCCAACUCUCAUGCAUUUUCAUCCUCGUUUCAUCCGUGCUUAACACUAAUAAAACUUCUGAAAUAUUUUGCUAGGCCGACCAUUUUCAUUUCUGUGCCAAGACUAUUGAACCGAAUACACGAUAAGGUAGGCCUGUUACUGUUCGCUAGAAAACUCAUUCAUUCAAGAGAGCUCUGUAAUUUCUUAACAGUCUUCAACUAAUAGAAUUAUCCAGAAAAAAUAAAUUAGUUUCUAUAAUUGGGUUCAAUUAAUUUUAGGUGAUGUCUGACUUGGAGAAAAGUUCGUUCAAGAAAUUUCUUUUCAACAUGGCAUUGUCUUCCAAAGAAAGUGAGCUCAGCAGGUUGGUUCUCAAAUCAAGUGUUAAAAUGGAUUGUGACCAUAGUUUGGAGAUAUAGUCAACCCACUCAACCCCAAUAUAAAACAAGCUGACAGAGUAUAGCCUUGGUGCUUUGCUGGUAUUUUUAUAAUUUAUUAUUUUAGCUAAAAACCUUUUUGUUUAGGAAUAUCAUACGACGAGAUAGUAUGUGGGACUACAUAGUCUUCAGAAAAAUUCAGGUAAGAUUAGGUCACCACACUUCCGAAUCGUGUUGGAAUUUAAGCUUCUCGAUUCCGUAUAGUAUGUUACUUUGGCUCUGGAGCUUGUUUUCGUACAAAGCUCCAACGUCUCAAUGGACCAUUUGCAUUAUAUGAUAAUCACAAAGAGCAUCACAAAAUUAGUAAUAUUCCAAAGUUUCGUUGCGACAUGUUGUAAAAUGCGGAUAAUAUAGCCUUGCGAAAUUUGCAAUUUUCAGUCAUUUUGUAUUACAUACUGGAAAUUGAUGCCCCAACACCCGAUUGGGCUGUCAAUUUCCCGUGCGUAAUACAAAAUGACUGAAAAGCGGCAAACUUCGCAAGGCUAUAUUAUCCGCAUUUUACAACAUUUCGCAACGAAACAUUGGAAUAUUACUAAUUUUGUGAUGCUCUUUCAAGCUGUGAUGAAAUUUUUGUCUAGACUUGUCCAUUACGGAAACGAGGCUGUAUAGCAGAGGUGACUGGUGACAUACUUUCCGGAUGCGUGUAUUCUUGGAGGCCGUGUAUCUUACUACAACCUCAAAAAAUACAUCUUUUCUUUCAGGAAACAUUAGGCGGUCGCAUUCGUUUUGUUCUGAGUGGGUCAGCUCCUCUUUCUGACAGAGUCAUGAAAUUCUUGCGCGCAUCGUUUGGAUGUUUUGUAAGUUGAAAUUCGAUAAAUUACAAACACUGCAUUGUGUAACAUGAACACAGUGAGUUUAAGUUUAAAAUAAAAUAAAAUAAAAUAAAAUAAACGCAACUUCAACAACUCUGCUGAUUUGUUUAGGUAUUUGAAGGUUAUGGACAGACGGAGACAACUGCUGGUGCUACAAUACAGCUCAUGGGGGAUCCAACAAUAGGUGACAGAGCUAGAUUCACCACAGUCUAUUACAUGGGUCCGGUUGUAUCAAGCCCGUUUAGCUUAAACGGUGGUUAAGCUCAAAAUAGAAAGCAAGUCUAUAGAUUCAUUCAACAACAAAACUAAAAGUUUUGAACCUUAAUAGAACGAUAUUGUUUUCAACGACAUAUUCAGUGCAGAAUAUUUAAGUUAACAGAUUCACGAAAGAUAUAAGAGAGUUAUUUAAUUUUGACUUAUCCACCGUUUAAGCUAACGGGCUUGAUACAACCGGUCUCUGGUUUACACUAUCAAAGUUUCUGUGAUCACAGUAGGAAUUUUGCAUAUAGGUAAGUCGUAGCUACGUCUUGAAGGAUUUGUAAACGCCGAUUUAGACUACACAAUUUUUGCCUAAGACUGUCGCAUGUAAUCUUCUUACAACUUGAAUUGUACUGUGUGAAUCAAGCACACAACUCACCUGCGUUGGCGUGAGUGGCGUGCUUGAUUAAUAUAGUACAACUCAAGUUGUAAGCAGGUUGCAUGUGAUAGUUUUAGGCAAAAGUUGUGUAGUGUUGUUUGAGGGAACUAACUAAACUCUCUUACAAAUCCUUCAAAACUUAGAAUUUACCCAUGCAAAAUUCCUGCUGUGAUCACAGAAACUUUGAUAGUGUAAAUCAGGCCUAGCUCAUUGUGUCCCCAACAGAACCCUCUAUCAUUUAUUGUGGCAACAGUUGCUGGGUUGUAAUGCGUGGGAAAAUCAUGCGUGGGCAAUGUCGCAAAGUAAAUACUUAAUGCAUAAACUGUCAACUCAUGAAUACAUAACUUGAAAUCUAUACAAACACAAAAAGCUCGCACUUCAAAAUUAAAAUUUCAAAGGGAUUAUGAUGAAUAUCAUCGAAGGUCACUUCUCGGCUUACCAAUUUAAUAUCUUACCAAUUUAAUAUAGGCAAGAGUUGUGUAGUGUAAACUUACAAGUAGCCUUAAGAAAUUUUGGGGGAAACUAACUUAGUGUUUAACAUUAAGUCAUCAGUUCCCUCAAAACUCUCUUACAAAUCCUUCAAAACUUAGAAUUUACUCAAUUUGAUCACAGAAACUUUGAUAGAGUAAAUCAGCCGAAAGGCGUAUUCGCGAAAUGUCGAAGUUCUCCUUAUAUUUUUCAGGUAGUUGUGCGCAUAUACUCUUUACACCACAUCUUAGAAACUUACGCAGUCGGUCUGAUAUGAAUUAAAAUGUUGUGUUUUAUCAGGUCAUGUUGGGCCACCUUUACCUUGUAACCUCGUCAAACUUAUUGAUGUUCCUGAUAUGGAUUACUAUGCCAAAGACGGCACAGGCGAGGUAUACUACUACAUACGUAAAAACGCACAAGUUGUAACAAACCUGCAACAGACUUGUACACGUAAAAAUCUCACAACUUGUCAACAAGAUGUGUUCACAACAGGCUUGUAGCAAGCUUGUCAACAAGUUGUAACAAUGCUGUUAUUUUAUCAAGUUGCUACAAGGUUGUCACUCACAACUUGUUGACAAAUUGUUGAAUUGCAGGACGAUAACAAGUUGUUGGAGCAACUUGUAACAAGUCUGUUGAGCUCAACAACCUUGAAGCAAGUUGUCAACAAGCCGUUGACAAACUUGUCAACAAGCUGCGAACACAUCCUGUUGACAAGUUGUUGGAACAGUAUUGCUACAGGUCUGCUGCAGGUUUGUUACAACUUGUGCGUUUUUAUGUGUGUAGCAAUGCUGUUCCAACAACUUGUCAACAGGAUGUGUUCGCACUGCUUGUUCCCAGCUUUAUAACAAACGUACUUGCAGGGAGGUGAGUCCGGGAUUGGACGCACCGAGGGUGGCUGGAAGUUUCUGCACGUCUAAAUUUGAAACUUCUGAUUUCAGGAACAAAUUUUACAUUUUAUUUCCAGGUGUGUUUCAAAGGUCCUAAUAUUUUCCAAGGAUAUUUAUAUGAUGAUCAGAAAACCAAGGAAGCUUUUGAUGAAGAUGGUUGGUUGCUUUCAGGAGAUAUUGGAAUCUGGCUUCCUAACGGAACAUUAAAAAUUGUAGACAGAAGAAAAAACAUAUUCAAACUCUCGCAGGUUUGGGCAAGAUACCUUGACAUAAUGUUUGAAUGUAAAAACUUUUGACAGUAUAUACCAGUGAGAUAUCUUUUCCAGGUAGUUCAGACACAAACCACGACAGCUUAUUGUAGAAUUACCUACACUGGACCACCACGUUUGAGAUAUGUUUUUCAGGUAGUUCAGACACAAACCACGGCAGCUUAUUGUAGAAUACUACCUACACUGGACCACCACGUUUGAGAUAUCUUUUCAGGUAGUUCAGACACAAACCACGACAGCUUAUUGUAGAAUACUACCUACACUGGACCACCACGUUUGAGAUAUCUUUUUCAGGUAGUUCAGACACAAACCACGACAGCUUAUUGUAGAAUACUACCUACACUGGACCACUACGUUUGAGAUAUCUUUUUCAGGUAGUUCAGACACAAACCACGGCAGCUUAUUGUAGAAUACUACCUACACUGGACCACCACGUUUGAGAUAUCUUUUUCAGGUAGUUCAGACACAAACCACGACAGCUUAUUGCAGAAUACUACCUACACUGGACCACCACGUUUGAGAUAUCUUUUUCAGGUAGUUCAGACACAAACUACGACAGCUUAUUGUAGAAUACUACCUGCACUGAACCACCACGUUUGAGAUAUCUUUUUCAGGUAGUUCAGACACAAACCACGACAGCUUAUUGUAGAAUACCACCUGCACUGGACCACCACGUUUGAGAUAUCUUUUCAGGUAGUUCAGACACAAACCACAACAGCUUAUUGUAGAAUACUACCUACACUGGACCACCACGUUUGAGAUAUCUUUUCAGGUAGUUCAGACACAAACCACGACAGCUUAUUGUAGAAUACUACCUACACUGGACCACCACGUUUGAGAUAUCUUUUUCAGGUAGUUCAGACACAAACCACGACAGCUUAUUGUAGAAUACUACCUACACUGGACCACCACGUUUGAGAUAUCAUCCUGCUAUUUCAAAUAUAGGGAGAAUAUAUAGCUCCAGAGAAAAUUGAAGAGAUCUACCAACCAUGUCCUUCUGUCCAUCAAGUUUUUAUCACUGGGAUUGGCACAGAGGUGGGUAUACAGUCAUAUUUAAUUCAGACAAGGUUUCCAAGUAUAAUGCUUCACAAUGUAUUUUUUAUUGGUAUUUGGUGAAAUCUUUAUGAUUGAAUUUUAGAGUUGUGUAGUUGGUAUUGUUGUUCCUGAAACUGCCGAGUUAAACAAAACAUUCCCAGGACAAGUUGAAGAACUGUGUAGCAAUGAGGUAUUGUUUGUUUGUUUGUUUGUUUGUUUGUUUGUUUGUUUGUUUGUUUGUUUGUUUGUUUGUUUGUUUGUUUGUUUGUUUGUUUGUUUGUUUGUUUGUUUGUUUGUUUGUUUGUUUGUUUGUUUGGUUGUUUGUUUGUUUGUUUGUUGUUUGUUGUGUUCUGUAUACAUGUGUUCUCCUCACAACCAACAAGUGACCUUAUCUAUUUAUUCGCACAGGAAGUGAAACAACACAUUCUUAAAGAGAUGACGUCGUUUGCCAAGAAAGCUAACCUCAGGUCAUUUGAGCAGGUGCGUGUUGUAUUCAGGGUUUUCAACAUCUGCACCCGAUAGAACUAACGGUAGAAAGGAUUUGUUGAUGGUGAAUUCAAGUGUGAAUUCUAUACAUUUAUUAUACCUAACCAGGAACAGCUGUGAAAAAUGCAACUAUAGAUCCCCUGGCAGGAAUCGAACUUGCGGCCCUGUGAUUCCG